UUUUUUUGUGUUUUUUUUUUUAUCUAUUUGGUUGAUUGAUGAAACUGGUUUAAAUUAUUUUCAGUGUAUAUCAUUUUUAUUUUGUUUUGAUAAUCUUUAUUAUUGUUGUGUCACGAAACUAGUUCCUUGAUGAAGAAACCACUUUCUUGGUGAUUUUUCUAGUGAUUUUGCUGGCGACAAUGCCAAUUCUGAUGACUUUUUUGACUCCGACUAUUUUUCCGACACCGGCAACUACUUCGGCGACUUUCUGGCACUGACAUCAAACUCCAAAAUAGUCAUCGGAAUUGGCAUUGUCACUGGUAAAAUUACUGGAAAAAUCACCAAGAAACUGGUUUCUAGAUGAAGGAACCAGUUUCUUGGUGAUUUUUCUAGCGACAAUGCUAAUUUUGACAACUUUUUCAACGUCGACAGCAACUCCGACGACUUUUCCGGCAUUGUCAGCUACUCCGAUGACUUUUCCGGUGCCUGCAGCAAACUCCGGUGACUUUUCCGACACGAGUGACAACUCCGGCGAUCACUAUAGUUUUAUUUGUUUUAUUUUUUUAAAAAAAAUAUUUUUUUUUUAAAAAAAUAAAUAUGAAUGGAAUUUUAAUAUUUUUUAAGGUAAUUUAAUUAAGUUUUUUAUUUUUAUGAAUUUUAAAUUCAGAAUUUUCUUUUUAAUGUUAAAAAAAACCAUAUUUUAAUUUGAUUGGUUAGAUAAUGCUAUAUUUAGUGGCAUUUACAUUUUUUAUGUCAUAUUUAUCAUAACUUUAAUAAUUUUUCUCAUAUUUUUGAAAAUAGUCCUUACAAAUAUUACUUGCAUUUUUCUUUGGGAUUAUUUCACAAAAAUAUAAAAACAACAAAAAAAUUACAAAAAUACGGUUUCACAGAAUUUUAAACAUUUUUACGAUUUUUUUGAUUUUAUUUACAGAAAAUACGAUCUUUUUAUGUUGUAAUCUUGUUAAUUUGUUGUUGAUUUUUUGUUAUAUGUAUGUUAUUAUUUUGUUGUUAUUUUGAUGUUAUUUUGAUGUUAUUUAUGUAGUUUUCUUGUUGAUUUUAUGUUGUUUUCAUGUUAUUUUUUAGAAAACCAUAAAAAUGUAAAAAAAAACAUUCUUUUAAACGUAAAAAAUGUAAAUAUUUUAAAAUAAAUUUUGCUUUAUCUAAUUAUUCCUUUUUCUUUUCCAAAUGUUAUAGUACAUUAUAGCCCAAAUACUUAUCCAAUGGGCCGGGACAGGUCUGGGGGUAGUUUGGGCUGAACUGGAUUGAAUUCCGUAGGCCGAGUCCCAAGGGGCCCAGGUUGAACGGCAUAUUCUUCUCGAAAUCUGGUUCUCCUUGAGUUCUGACUCGGUGGGUGAGCGAAGGGUUUUUUCAAACUCUUCUUCUUCAACCUUCCUUUCAAUACUCCAAACCAAAACCCUCUCCAAUGGAGUCCCUUGCUAAGCUCCACCAACCUUUCCACCUCUCCCUCAAUACCAACCGUCUAUCAUUUACUAAACCCAUUUCUUCUUUUCGAAUAUCAUACUCAUCAUCACCUUCCUUCAAGUUCAAUUCCCUCUCCAUUAAAGCAUCUUCAUCCUCCUCUUCCCAUAACCCUAAACCCUCGCUCCUAGCCUCUAUUGUCUCACCCAUUCUCAAGACCGCUUGCAUCUCCGUUGCCGCCGCUGCUCUCUUUUUCGUCCGGUUCCACCACAAACCCGCCUUCGCCGCCGUCCCAAUUGCUGCACCUUCGGUUGUCGAAGAAUCGUCUAAGGAGGCUGCCAAUGAUGACCAAGAGAAGCUCAUUGAGGAACAUUUGAGUAGUAACCCAGAUGAUAUGGAAGCGCUUCGGUCACUCAUGGAGAUCAGGAUCAAAGCGAAUAAGCUUCAAGAAGCAGUUCAAGUGCUCGACCGGCUGAUUGAGCUCGAACCGGACGAUAACGAGUGGCCUGUGCUUAAAGCCAACAUCCAUAGUUACAUGGGUGAGCUCGAAUUGGCAAAAUAUGAGUUCGAAGAUAUUUUGAAGAAGGACCCUUUACGCGUCGAGGCUUAUCAUGGGCUAGUAAUGGCGGCUUCUCAGUCUGAGGAUAGUAAUUUGGAUGCUGUGGCUAAGAGAGUUGAGGAGGCAAUGAAGAUGUGCGAGAAACAGAGAAAUAAAUCCGAGGUUAGGGACUUUAAGCUCCUCAUUGCUCAAAUUAGAGUGAUGGAGUCCAAUUACUCGGAUGCUUUGAAGCUUUACCAGGAGCUAGCCAAGGAUGAGCCGAGGGACUUCAGACCCUAUUUAUGCCAAGGGAUUAUAUAUACCUUGCUAAAGAAGAAAAAUGAGGCUGAGAAACAGUUCGAUAAGUUCAGGAGGCUGAUUCCCAAAGAGCAUCCUUAUAGAGAGUAUUUUGAUGAUAACAUGUUUGCAACCAAGCUUUUUUCGCAGAAGGUGGAGAGGGAGACUGCGGGUUCGAGGAGAUGAAAAAAAAAAGGAUUAGAAUUUUGCUUUAUUAAUGAGAUGUUCACUAGCUGGUCACUCGGUGAGAUUGCCCAGUUCUUUUGUUCCCUUACUUUUGUUUUUGGUUAAUAGUUUUGUUUAGAUUGUAGGUACACCGAAGACUCCUUUUGUAGUGUUUAGAUUAUAGGCUGGUAUAUCUUGAAUCAAUCUGUGAGGUCUAAAAAGUUGAGUAGAAUCACUGUUCUGGUGUCAACAUUUGAAACAUAAGAUGAUAUGGUGUUAAAGUAUAUUAUGAUGCUGAAUAACUUUAAUUUGUUUGGUAUCCACAUUGUUGUGUGAGUUUACUUUUCUGUGUGCUUAUGUAUUUUCCAAAUAGUUUUGCGUAUAUGGUGGGCUUUAUGCCUAAUAAUGUAUCUUUUGGGGAUGCCAUAGAAAUAAUGGAAGUUGACAAGAGGCAAA